UUCAAGACGCAGCCCGUGACUUUCGACGAGAUCCAGGAGGUGGAGGAGGAGGAGGGCGCGUCGCCCUCGGAGGAGGAGAAGGCCCGGCGCUCCUUCCUGCAGUCCCUCGAGUGCCUGCGCCGCAGCACCCAGAACCUGGCGCUGCAGCGCGGCCGCCUUCGCAACAGCCUCGACUCCAGCGACUCGGACUCGGCGCUCUGAGCGCGGCCCGGGGCGGUCCCGGUCCCG